AUCUUAAACCCUCAAUUGCCACUUAUCUGGGUUGGGUUCUGAUUUCCCGGCAAAACAGAAUCAACUGAGCAACAAUGGUGGCCAAGCUCGUUCUCAGACCACCUCACUCUCUUCCCCUCUCCACUCUCCCCUCAAAAUUCCUCAUCUUCCCCAAAAUACCCUCCCUCCCCAAAAGAUUCCUCAUCGUCUCUAUCUUCUCCGCCACCGCCGCCGCUCAAACCCAUACCCAAAUUUCAAACCCAAACAAUUCCUCGAACUUCUACGGACCCUCCCUGCGCAAGGGUACCCACCCCUUAACUCUCCGGUCUCAUCCUCCCUUCACGAAAACCGAGGACGACUACGACGACGGCGAUUUGUUCAACGAAGAGAGCUUCAGUAGGGUUUUCGACAUCGCGGCGCUUCGAGUCCCUGCAAAAGACUGUUUCGCCCUCGAGAGCCGACUCCGGGGCCACUUGCUGAACUGGCCUCGCAUUCGCAACAUCGGCAGAGUCCCCGGCGACGAGGUGGAAGCCGAGCUCGCCGAGCUUCUCGCCAAUCAGGGAAGAGACCUCGAAGACGAAAAUGCCCUUGCCUCGUUGAAUCGCCGAAUGUACGGGAAAGCGGAGGGCGACGGCGAGCCCUUUAGUCCGGUGCUGUACAGGGAGAAGCUUGCGAAGACGUUCGAUUCGCGGGGGUACGUGAAGUUCCGAAACCUUGCGAGGAUGUCGAGGCCGAACCAGAGGAAGAAGAGGGGGGAUGAGGAAGGUGAAGGCGAUGAAGGGAAGAAGAGAUGGGGGAAGAGCGAGUUUUCGGUGCUGGAGGUUGUGGAUGACGAAGAGGGUGAAGGAGAAGGGGAGGACUUGAAAGGUUUGUUGGGGGAUGAGUUUGAGGGCAGGAGGAAAUGGAGAGGAUCCACACGGUUGCUGCUAUUGGAUGAGCGAUAUGCGAAAAAAGGGGUGGAGGAGUUGCCUGAGGCAAUCAAGGUGGCGAUGAAAGAAAAUACCGGGACAAGUAUGAGGCCGGCUUUUGAGCUUGUGAGAUGCAAACUGACUGUUUUUUAUGAGUACUGGCAGAUGAAUGAGAUAUUGGAGGCUUUGCUGCCUGAAGGUAUGAUUGUUCCUUCAGCCUUUGAAACUGUCGGGCAUAUUGCACACCUAAACCUGAGAGAUGAACAUUUACCAUACAAAAAGCUUAUAGCAAAGGUGAUUCUUGAUAAAAAUAAACCAAAGAUUCAGACGGUUGUCAAUAAAAUUGAUGCCAUUCAUAAUGACUUCAGAACAAUGCAACUCGAAGUUCUAGCUGGGAAUCGUUCCCUUGUGACUACUGUAGUUGAAAAUGGGUUGCGCUUUCAUGUUGACCUAGCAACAGUGUAUUGGAAUUCCAGGCUUGCAACUGAAAGACAAAGGCUUGUAAACAGCUUUACACGGAAAGAUGUUGUGUGUGAUGUUUUCACUGGGGUUGGCCCAAUAGCAAUGUCUGCGGCAAGGAUUGUGAAACGGGUAUAUGCCAAUGAUUUGAAUCCCAACGCAAUUGAAUAUCUGGAAAGAAAUAGUGUGAUCAACAAACUUGAAAGGAAGAUUAAGGUCUUCAACAUGGAUGGAAGGAGGUUCAUUGGUGCUAUGUUUGCAAGUGAUACUAAGUCUAUAACUCAAGUGGUAAUGAAUUUGCCAAAUGAUGCUGCGGAGUAUCUUGAUGCAUUUCGGGGAAUAUUAGUAGAUAGACCAACGGAAGAAGAAUUUACCUUGCCAAUGAUCCAUGUUUAUGGAUUCUCCAAAGCUCAAGAUCCGGAGUUUGACUUUCAUCAGAGAAUAAGAAUUGCGCUCUCAGAAGCGGCAGUUGAUGUAGAAAUGCGUAGGGUACGCCUUGUUGCACCAGGAAAAUGGAUGUUGUGUGCGUCAUUCAACCUCCCUAAGAGUGUCGCUUAUGCAAAACCAACUUUGGAUAUGUAAAUAUAGGUAAAGUUUUAUAGCGCGUGAGCAUCAUACACCCUCGAGUUUUGUACAUAAACUAUGUUGUAUAUCUACGCGGAUACACUUAGGUAGGGAACUUAAGAGAUGUUAGUUUAUCCCACCAUUUUGAAAUAAAAAUUUGUCAUCUUAAUUUCCA